AUGGCUUAUUAUUCUUCCUUCCUUGCAACUGUUUUCAUUCUCUUACCUUUAGCCUUUGCUACCAACUCGCCGCCGCUUCCCCCCUUCAAACGCAUCUACCAGUUUGGCAAUUCCCUCUCCGACACCGGAAACCUACUACGCCUCCCCGGAGGAACUAUGUAUUACCCCGCCUACCGCCUACCUUACGGGGAAACCUUCUUCCAUAAAGCCACAGGUCGCUUCUCUGACGGUCGCCUCAUCGUCGACUUCAUCGCCGCCGCCCUCAAGCUCCCGUUCCUCGACGCUUACCUGGACGGCAACGCUUCAUUCGCUCACGGCGUUAAUUUCGCCGUCGCCGGUGCGACGGCGCUCGACGUAGGUUUUUUUGCAGAGAGGAACAUUAGCAUCUCCAAUUUCAAACCGCCGAUCAGCACGCAAUUGGAGUGGUUCGAGACGCAUCUCGAAUCCGCUGCGCUCUCGAACUGCUUCGAGAAUUCGCUUUUCAUUUUCGGAGAAUUUGGAGGGAACGACUACAUCCCCUUCUUCCGCCAAGGAUGGUCAGCUGAAGAGGCUAGGACUCUCGUCCCUCACGUCGUCGCUGCAAUUAUUCACGGAAUUAAACGGAUCGUCCAGCUCGGAGCAAAGCGGAUCCUCGUUCCCGGCUUCUUCCCGUCCGGAUGCGGUCCGUCUCAACUGGCCUCUUCCAACUCCUCCGAUCCGUCCGAUUACGACGGCCUUGGAUGCCUGAAAUCGCCUAACGCUUUCAGUUCCUACCACAACCGCUUUCUAAGACGCGCUCUGUCUUCUCUCAAUCGGCAACUCUCCGGCGAGGGCGUUGUGAUCGUUUACGGCGACUACGAAGGCGCUUUCCUGGAAAUUCUCCGGAAAUCGUCUUUGUAUGGAUUCGAUAGGGAGUGGUUGCACAAAGCCUGCUGCGGACCGAGCGGGGAGAAGUAUCGUUAUGACUACCCCAAACCGUGCGGAACCAAUGGCACUGACGUAUGUCCCCGCCCUGCUCACGCCAUGCAUUGGGACGGCAUUCAUCUCACCGAUGCAUCUUAUCAUCGUAUUUCUCAGAUUAUUAUUCGUAAGUCCAUAACUAAGCUGAAGAUCUAUAAGUGUUAG